AUGGGUUUUAGUUGUUUAGAUAUCUUUUCACAGCAUUUUUACUUUAAUGUAGAAAAAUAGAAUAUUAAAAAAAGUACAUGGAUUGGAGCUGUUUCUACUUUUAUAGUCAUUGUUACUGCUUCAUCUUAUUAUAUAUAUCUUCUCAAUUUAUAUGUCAAUAAUUAAAUAGAUCCCAUUUACAGAUCUCAGAGCAUCAUCACUUAAGAAAAAACAGAAUUAAAAUUAAACUCUAAUUUGUUUGGAUUCAAAUAUGUAUUAGAUGGCAAUAUAAGCUUAGAUUAAUUACAGUCUAAAAAUAAUAAAACAUACUUAGUUAACUAUGCAUUUUUCUAUUAUUCUAAUGAUUAAAAUUAUACAUAUAUAAAUCUUGAUAUAAUAAAAUGCACAGAUCCUAUUUUAAUUGAUUAUUAUUGUUUAGACUUUUCUAAACUGUAAAAUAAUACUUUGGCUCUUAGUGUAGUUGAUAAUAUUUACUCUUAUAUAGCAAUUGUUACUUAUGGAUGCUUAGAUAUUGAUGCUAAAAAAACUUCUAUUCCAAAUAACUGUGCUACUUAAAGUGAAAUCGAUUAAGUUAUAAAUGGAUAUAGUUCUGGAAUUAGAUUUAAAUUGUUUACAUCUCAAUUUAAUACUAGUACAAAGAGUGAAUAAGUCAAAUACAGAAAUUCUUAUUCAUUUACUUAAGCAAAUCAAAUCUCUUUUACAACAUUUAAAAUAUAAAAAUAAGAAACUGUAGUAAAUUAAGGAAUUUUAAUAUAAUAACAGUCACAAUUUUCUUCGCCUAUUCAGUAUAAUUCCUUUUACUAAAAUUUUGAUAGGCAAUAUAGUAUUCAAAAUAACAUUUAGUCUGGUUAUAUCUUUGUUAAAAUAGAAAUGGAUGAAAUUAUUUAAUAGAUUAAGAUUAAAUUUCCAACUAUCCCUGAAAUAUUAGCUCUUGGAAAUAGUAUUUUAACUGUUUUAAUGUUCAUUGGAAUAUUUGGAAGAUUUUCUUCUUUUAAAAAAAUAAGGAAUGAUUUUUUUAUGCUUUUAAUGUAGAAUUUAUUUUAAGAAAAUUAUUUGCACAUUUUAAAAAUUAACAAGCUUGUUGAUAAUAAAUUUAUUAAUUAAGAAAAAAAAUAAAUCUUAGAUAAAAAAAAUCAUAUUAUUUAAAAAGAAUAGCUAGAGAAUAGAGAAUAUUAAGAUGACGAUGAUAGAAACUUUGUAAAUCAAAAUUACAAGUCUCAGAGAAUAAAAACAAAGCUAUAAAUUGAUUAAUAGAAAACAAUAUCAGAAAUAAAAAGCAAUUUUGCUUAUCAGAAUUUAGUAAUUUCAAAUUAGAGUUCACAAUAAUAAAUCAAAUUAUAAUAAGAAAAACCUAAUUUGAAAAAAGAAUCAUAUAAUUUUAAGGCUAUUAUUAACCAAAAGUUUUCAUAGGCUAUUUAUAAAAAUUUAUUCAAAACCAAUACAUGGAUUGGAACUGCUACUACUCUAAUAGUCAUUAUUGCUGCUUCUUCCUAUUAUAUAUACCUUCUCUAUUUAUACAUCAAUAAUUAAAUAGAUCCCAUAUACAGAUCUCAAAGCAUCAUCUCUUAAGAAAGAAUAGAAGUAAACUUAAAUUCUAAUUUGUUUGCAUUCAAAUUUCAAUACGAUAUCAAUAUAAGCUUAGAUUAAUUACAAUCUCAAAAUAAUAAAACAUAUUUGGUUAACUAUGCAUAUUUUUUUUAGACUGAUAACUAAAAUAAUACAUAUAUCAAUCUUGAUAUCAUAAAAUGUACAGAUCCUAAUUUAAGUGAUUAUUAUUGUUUAGACUUUUCUUAACUGCAGAAUCUUACUUUGGCUUAUAGUAUAGUUGAUAACAUUUACUCUUAUAUAGCAAUUGCUACUUAUGGAUGCUUAGACCUUGACACUAUCAAAACUUCUAUUCCAAAUAACUGUGCAACUUAAAGUGAAAUCGAUUAAGUUAUGAAUGGGUAUAAUGCUGGAAUGAGAUUCAAAUUGUUUACUUCUCAAUUUAAUACCUAAACUAAGAAUGAAUAAGUCUAAUACAGGAAUUCUUACACAAUUAGUUAAGGAAAUCAAAUUAGUUUUUCAACAUUUAGGAUAUAAAAAUAAUAAACUGUAGUAAAUUAAGGUUUUCUAAUAUAAUAACAGUCAAAUUUUUCUUCUCCUAUCCAAUAUAAUUUACAUUAAUAAAAUUUUGAUAGGUAAUAUAGUAUUCAAAAUAACAUAUAAUCUGGCUAUUCCUUUGUUAAAAUAGAAAUGGAUGAAAUUAUUCAAUAAAUUAAAAUUAAAUAUCCAACUAUCCCUGAAAUAUUAGCUCUUGGAAAUAGCAUUUUGACUGUUUUAAUGUUCAUUGGAAUAUUUGGAAGAUUUUCUUCUUUUGAAAAUAUAAGAAAUGAUUUUUUUAUGCUUUUAAUGUAGAAUUUAUUUUAAGAAAAUUAUAUGCACAUUUUAAAAGCUAACAAGCUUGUAGAAGAUAACUAAGAAAAUAAAUAAAUCUUCAAUAAAAAAAAUCUUAAUAUUCAAAAAGAAUAACUAGAGGAUAGCGAAUAUAAAGAUGAUAAUUAAAACUUUGUAAAUCAUAAUAAUUUAGAUAUAUUUUCAUAGCAUUUCUACUUUAAUGUAGAUAAAUAGAACAUUAAAAAAAGUACAUGGAUUGGAACUGUUUCUACUUUUAUAGUCAUCAUUGCCGCUUCUUCCUAUUAUAUAUAUCUUCUUAAUUUAUACAUCAACAAUUAAAUAGAUCCCAUUUACAGAUCUCAGAGCAUCAUCACUUAAGAAAGAACAGAAAUAAGCUUGAACUCUAAUUUAUUUGGGUUCAGAUAUGAAUACGAUAUCAACAAAAGCUUAGAUUUAUUACAAUCUAAGAGUAAUAAAACAUACUUGGUUAACUAUGCUUUUUUUUAUUACUUUGAUAACUAAAAUAGUACAUUUAUAAAUCUUGAUAUAAUAAAAUGUACAGAUACUAAUUUAAUUGAUUUUUAUUGUUUAGACUUUUCUAAACUGCAGAAUCUAACUUUGGCUCUUAGUGUAGUUGAUAAUCUUUACUCUUAUAUAGCAAUUGUUACUUAUGGAUGCUUAGACCUUGAUACUAUCAAAACUUCUAUCCCAAAUGACUGCGCAACUUAAAGUGAAAUUGAUUAAGUUAUAAAUGGUUAUAAUUCAGGAAUUAGACUUAAAUUAUUUACAUCUCAAUUUAAUACCAGUACAAAGAAUGAAUAAGUCAAAUACAGAAAUUCUUAUUCAUUCACAUAAGGAAACCAAAUUGCUUUUACAACCUUAAAAAUAUAGAAAUAAGAAACUGCAGUAAAUUAAGGAAUUCUUAUAUAGUAACAGUCAAAUUUUUCUUCACCAAUUGAAUAUAAUUCCUUUUAUUAAACUCUUGAUAGGAAAUAUAGUAUUCAAAAUAAUAUUUAGUCUGGUUAUAUCUUUGUUAAAUUAGAAAUGGAUGAAAUUAUUCAAUAAAUUAAGAUUAAAUUUCCUACUAUUCCUGAAAUAUUAGCUCUUGGAAAUAGUAUUUUGACUGUUUUAAUGUUCAUUGGAAUAUUUGGAAGAUUUUCUUCUUUUAAAAAUAUAAGAAAUGAUUUUUUUAUGCUUUUAAUGUAGAAUUUAUUUUAAGAAAAUUAUAUGCACAUUUUAAAAGUUAACAAGCUUGUUGAAGACAACUAAGAAAAAAAAUAAAUCUUCAAUAAAAAAAAUUUUAAUAUUAAAAAAGAAUAGCUAGAGGAUAGCGAAUAUAAAGAAGAUAAUCAAAACUUUGUAAAUCAAAAGUACGAAUCUCAGAGAAUAAAAACGAAGCUAUAAAUUGAUUAAUAGAAAAAUAAAUUAGAAAUAAAAAAUAAAUUUGCUUAUCAGAAUUUAGUAAUUUCAAAUGAGAGUUCACCAUAAUAAAUUAAAGAAUAAAAAUAGUCACCUAAUUUGAAAAAAGUAUCAUAUAAUUUUAAGGCUAUUUUUAAUGAAAAGUUUUCAUAGGUUAUUUAUAAAAAUUUAUUCAAAAUUAAGUGCCUCAAAAAGUCAGAAUACUUACUUAACUAAGGACUAGACAAAUAUACAAAAAAAUUUAUAGAGGAACUAUUGGUUAAAGAUUUGAACAUUUUCUAGAUCUAUAAAGAUAUUUUAUUUUUAAAAAAAUCAAUUAUGAUUUUAUUAGAUAAUCAGUAACUCGCAGCUAUAAAGCUUAUAGGUUGCUCAUAGAAUUUCUUAAAUUUCUAAAAUUAGAGCCUACAAAGCAUAAUAACAUCUUCGUAAAAUGAAAAAAAAAGGAGUCACUUUGAAGAGUAACUUACUCUUUUAAUGAAUGAAGAAUUUUGGCUUGGCUUAUUGAUGGGUUUUUAAAAUCUAGAUAUAUUUUCAUAACAUUUCUACUUUAAUAUUGACAAAAAGUAGAUUAAGAAGGGAACCUUAAUAGGAACAAUUUCUACUUUGGUAGUUUUAAUAGCUGCAGCUUCUUACUAUUUAUAUCUACUGGAUUUAUAUCUAAACAAUUCAAUAGAUCCGAUAUAUAGAUCUUAGAAUGUGAUUACUUAAGAAAGAGUAGAUAUUAACUUAGACUCAAAUAUAGUUGGGUUUAGGUAUGAAUAUGAUUAUAACAGAAGCAUAGACUAAUUGCAAAAAUAGAAUAAUAAGACAUACAUAGUUAAUUAUGCCUUUUUUUAUUAUUCUGACAGCUAAAAUAAUUCAUAAAUAACUUUGGAUAUAAUUAAAUGCACUGAUCCUAACUUAAUUGGUUUUUACUGUAUAGAUUUUUCAAAACUUCAAAAUUUAGCUUUGACUAUUAGUACUAUUGAUAGUAUAUACUCCUAUAUAGGAAUAAUGACUUAUGGUUGCUUAGAUUUGGAUGUUUAUAAAACUACAGUUCCCAGUGACUGCGCUACUUAAUAAGAAAUAGAUUAAGUUAUAAACGGAAUUAACUCUGGUGUGAGAUUGAAAUUAUUUACAUCAUAAUUUAAUAUAGCGACAAAUAAAAUGGAGGUUUCAUAUAGAAAUUAAUUCAUUUUUACAACAGCUAAUCAGCUACUUUAAACAAAUUUAAAGACAUAAAAACAAGUCACUACAGUAAAAUAAGGAAUGCUAUUCUUAUAAUCAACAAAUUAUUCUUCUCCUAUCUAAUAUAAUAUUUUCUUGUAAAGUUAUGACAGGCAGUAUAGCAUUACAAAUAUAAAUUGCUCUGGGUAUAGCUUUGUUCAAAUAAAUUUGGAUGAGAUUGUUUAGGAAAUAAAAGUUUAAUAUCAGACAAUACCUGAAAUAUUAGCUGUUGGCAAUAGUAUCUUAACGCUUUUAAUGUUGUUUGGAUUUUUAGGAAGAUUGUAUUCCUUUGAUUCAAUAAGAAAGGAUUUUUUUAUGUUAAUCAUGCAAAAUAUGUUUUAAGAUAACUUUAUGAACAUUUUGAAGAAGCAAAAAAAUGUUAUAAAGGUAAAUGAGAAUAUAGAAAAUAAUAACGUUAGCAUAAAAUAGGAGAAGCUAGAUCUUAGUGAAUAAAAAGAAGAGGGUGAUUACUUUAAAAAUAAACAUUACUAAUCCAGGAUUGUUAAGACAAAGUUACAGAUAGAUUUGCAAUAAUAAAUGAAAUAAAGUUUAAAAGAGAGACUCAGCUAUCAAAACAUAAGAAGUUCUAGUCUUAUUUCACCACAAUCAACUAUUCGUACUAAUGAAAAAUUUAAGUUUGAUAAAAGUUUAGAAAAAUUUAAGGCAAUAUGCAACCAAAAAUUUUCAUAAAUUAUUUCUUAAAAUAUCUUCAAAAAAAGGUUUCGCAGAAAAGAGGAAUAUUUGUAAAGCCAAGGACUCAACAAGCAGUCACAAAAGUUUAUAGAAGAUUAAAUGAUAAAAGAUUUGAACAUUUUUUAGCUGUAUAAAGAUAUAUUAUUUUUAAAGAAGGCGAUAAUGAUUUUAUUAGAUAAAUAAUAACUCUCAGCUCUAAAACUAGUUGGAUGUUCUUAGAAUUUCUUUGAUAUUUAAAAGGAAGGAAUAGGCAACACUUUAAGUUUUCAAACAGCAAAUCAGAACAAAAUGAGUUAUUUUGAUGAAUAAUAUGCUAUUUACAUCUCAGAAGAACUUCAAUACUAACAUAUUUAAUCAUUUUUCUAAAAAUGUCAGUCAGAAAAAUACAUCAAUGAAAUUGACAAAAGAAUAUUAUCAUCUAUUUAUUGA